AUGAGCAACCAUCUUUCUCCCGCCUCGGUCAGCGAGCACUCUAGCUACGCCGCCAGCAGCAGCAACACCGGCGCCAGCCCGUCGUACUCGCACCGCUCCCUCGCCACCACCAUGUCGUCUUCCUCGCCUUCGCCCUCCCGGGUCCACAGCCAAGACCCCGAGGCAGCCGACCACGACCGGCCCAAGCCCAUCACUUGCCGAUGGGACAACUGCGGUCGCAUCUACUAUGAUCCCGAGGUCGUCUACAAGCACCUGUGCGACGACCACGUUGGGCGCAAGAGCACCAACAACCUCUGCCUCACCUGCCGGUGGGAAGGCUGCGACGUCAGCUGCGCAAAGCGAGACCACAUCACGUCGCACCUCCGAGUUCACACGCCCUUGAAGCCGCACUCCUGCGACAUCUGCAACAAGACCUUCAAGAGGCCGCAGGACCUCAAGAAGCACGAGCGCAUCCACACAGAGCAACACCAGCAACAGAGGCAGCACAAGGCGGCCCAGAACGCUGCCGCCAAGUCCUUCGGCGCCAUGGCGGCCGACUCCAAGGCGUCGUUUGCCGCCUACCACCUCGGACCUGGUGUGGGCGCCGCGCCAUACGGCUUCGGCAGCGUUCCCGGUCAUUCCGCCAUGUACCAUCAAGUCGCCGACUCGGCCUACUCGGCACCUGCCUACCCAGCGCUUCCUUCACAGCCGAUGCGAGAGCACACGCCCGGCUAUGCGCAGUCCACCGCAUCGCUCUCCCCGCUCUCCUCGAGGCUCGACACCCCCCAGGGCAGCAGCCCUGCGGCACAGGCACACCACUCGGCCUCGAGGGGCGCCGUGUCCUACCUCAACUUCACGGGCGGUCCCGAUGCUCGCAGCAAAACGACCACCGACCCCAACUCGUACAUGUUCCUUGCCCACGGCACCGGCGGCAGCAACCUGGCUGGCACCAAGCGCAACCACGAGCAGGUCGGCGAGUUCUUCGGCGACGUCAGGCGGAAGAAGCUGGCGCCCACCUACGACGCCACCAUGGCUGAACGCCUCAACCAGACCUUCGGCAACGGCGGCAUCGACGACGCGUCGCUGCAGGCUCUGCUGUCGUCGUUUGAGACGGAUGCCUCCUCGAUGAACCUCCCGCAGCCUCAGUCUCAGUCCCAGCCGACGUCGACGCUUCACACGCCGGAAGCUCCUCUGCCAACCACCAGCGCCCAGGCACCUUCGAAGCUUGCUCUGCCCGAUGCGAUGAGGCCGACCGACCUCGCCCAGCUCAACGCCUUCUUGCUACAGCUCGGAGCCGAUGCGGCAAGAGACACCUCCAGCGCUAGCAUGUCGCACGCCUCUUCCUCGUACUCCAACGCGACCCCCGCGGCGCCGCACAACGAGUUCGACGUCAGCUCGCUGUCCCAGUAUGGGCUCACCACCAUCCCGGGUUUUGACGAGAGCAUCUUGUACGGUGGCCACAAUGUCGUGCCCCCAGGCUAUCACCAGCCGCUACUGCCGAGCACUCAGAUGCAGCGACCCAUCGCCCAACUGCCUCACCGCCAGCAAUCCGCCCAUCACUUUGGGCAGGGCCUGUACGGCGGCACUGUCGCCGGGUCAUACGAAGGUGCCUACGCCGCGGCCAACCAGCACGGCGGUGCCAUGUACACUCACGGUCCUCAGCAAGCGUCCUUUGACAGCAUGCGGGUAUCGCGAGGCUCGGCCAUCGUCCCGCAGCUCGCUCCGAUGGACAUGGGCGGCCACAGCUUCCGCAAGGUCGAGGCCCUCACGCGCGCUGCGCCCGGACCGGUCGCCACCGCCGCAGAGCUGAGCCCGGCACCCGUGACUGAUGUCAAGGUUGAAGAGCGCGACGUUCCAGACGACGAGGCGAUGGAGGACGCUGCACCUUCAUCCCCCGCCCUUGUCUUCCACGACCGCUACCGCUCUCUGAGCCCGACGGCCUCGUCCGAGGGCGGCGAUGCCAUCGAGCGCCAUGGCAGCACCUCGCCUGGACUCGGUCUCUACCCGAAGCUUGCCACCGGCGAUGCCCUUCGCAGGCUCCCCUCGCUCCGGUCCUCGACGUCGCCCUCUUCGUCUUUGUCGUCGCCGCGAAGGGGUCUUUCGAUCAGCUCGAUCCUGUCGUCGGAAUCCUCUGAGCGCGACUCGCCGCCACGUCGGCUGCCUCCGAUCCGCCAUGAGAGCGGGGCUUCGUCCGAGUCGCCGCCGUCAUCUUCGUCGUCUUCCCUCUACCCGAGCCUCAGCGAACGCAUCUCGGGCAUCCAGGGUCUGGGGCGGCCGCCGUCGCGUUCCAGCGAACGCGCCGUGCCCGAGACGAUCCGGCAGCAGCACGUUCGUCUGAUUCGCCAGCUACUGAUCGCCAUCAACUUCCCCGACCGGACGCGAGCCGAGGAGGCAUCGUCGCGCAUCACGUUGGCGCCAAUCCUCACCGGCGUCGCACGGCAAGGCGAAGGCGUGCUCGAGGACGGGGAAAAGACGCCGUCGUUGCGGCACCGCCGCACCAGCCCAUCGCCCGACCGGUCAGAGAGCGACGCGAGCUCCGGCGCCACUCCCCCUGGGCGCUCGAGGCUGCCGACGAUUUCGCAGCUGCUCAACGACGUCGAUGUCGAUGUCGACGCCGUGCGACAGCCGCGAGCAAUGGAAGACCGCGAGAUGGAGUGCGACGUCUGA